GACCCGGAUCAGAACGCGCCGCCGCGGGGCUGGGAACUGAUCGGCUGCCACAGAUCCACACGAGCCUCACACACACUCAUCAGUACACUUCAGGAGGUGUGCUUUAGUGUCUGAGCGUCUCGUUGAGCAGAUUCCCGUUCGGAUGAGGCGCGGUUCGAGCGGAGUAAGCGGCGGCGGGCUUUGAUGAGGAUGAGGAUGAGGAUGAGGAUGAAGAACGCGAAACACCUGUGAUCACGUUCAGCGUCAGCCACUGAGAUGUUCAGCUCCGCCAGCACUAUGACCGAUGGAGAUUACGACUACCUGAUCAAACUCCUGGCUCUCGGGGACUCCGGAGUGGGCAAGACCACCUUCCUCUACCGCUACACCGACAACAAGUUCAACCCCAAAUUCAUCACCACCGUGGGCAUCGAUUUCAGGGAAAAGAGAGUGGUUUAUACGACAAACAGCCCCAAUGGAACGACAGGAAAGACAUUUAAGGUUCACCUGCAGCUCUGGGACACGGCGGGACAGGAGAGGUUCAGGAGUUUGACCACGGCCUUCUUCAGGGAUGCGAUGGGUUUCUUGCUCAUGUUCGAUCUGACGAGCCAGCAGAGCUUCCUCAACGUCAGGAACUGGAUGAGUCAGCUCCAGGCGAACGCGUAUUGUGAGAAUCCAGAUAUUGUUCUCGUGGGUAAUAAAGCCGAUCUGAACGACCAGAGAGAAGUUCAGGAGAAACAAGCGAAAGAACUAGCGGACAAAUACGGAAUUCCCUACUUCGAGACGAGUGCGGCGACCGGCGCGGAGGUGGAUAAAGCCGUGGUGACGCUGCUGGAUCUGGUGAUGAAGCGGAUGGAGCAGUGUGUGGAUAAACCGGCGGCGGAGCACGACACGGAUGGCUCCAGCAAACUGGACGCCGCGGCGGGAAACCAGAAGAAGUGUGCCUGUUAAAGCAGACCUACUGUAUUACUGAUAUGUGUGGACAUUGUGUUUUCCCUCGGAGAGUUUGUGAGAGCUGUCGUACUGCCUCGUGAUCUUUAAUAACCCCGUCCAAAUUUAGCCCAGAUUAUUACCGUCUGCAAAUGUGUCUGAAAUAUUCCAUCUUAGGUCAGAAACUCACACUAAAACCCUGAUGUGGCCAUAAUCUCGAUCU